AUGCUUGUCCUCAAGAGCAAGAGAGCCGUGCCCCGCCCCCGAGGGAGCGCGGUGCCCUGGCUUCUGUGGGCGUGGCUGCUGUGGAGUGGCGAUGCGGGCUGCCAGGCCCAGCGUGCAGGCUGCAAGAGCGUCCACUAUGACCUGGUGUUCCUGCUGGACACGUCCUCCAGCGUGGGCAAGGAGGACUUCGAGAAGGUGCGGCAGUGGGUGGCCAACCUGGUGGACACCUUCGAGGUGGGCCCGGGCCGCACGCGCGUGGGGGUGGUGCGCUACAGCGACCGGCCGAGCACGGCCUUCGAGCUGGGCCUCCUGGGCUCGCGGGAGGCGGUCAAGGCGGCCGCCCGGCGCCUGGCCUACUACGGCGGCCACACCAACACGGGCGACGCGCUGCGCUUCGUCACCGGCCACAGCUUCUCGGCGCGCGCCGGCGGCCGGCCCGGGGACCCCGCCGUCAAGCAGGUGGCCGUCCUGCUGACCGAUGGCCGCAGCCAGGACCUGGUGCUGGACGCCGCUGCCGCCGCGCACACCGCGGGCAUCCGCAUCUUCGCGGUGGGCGUGGGCGCCGCGCUCCGGGAGGAGCUGCACGAGAUCGCCUCCGAGCCCAAGGCCGCGCACGUCUUCCAUGUGUCCGACUUCGACGCCAUCGACAAGAUCCGGGGCAAGCUGCGCCGGCGCCUGUGCGAGAAUGUGCUGUGCCCCAGCAUCCGGGUAGAAGGAGAUCGAUUUAAGCACACCAAUGGAGAAACCAAGGAAAUCACAGGUUUUGACCUCAUGGAUUUGUUCAAUGUGAAGGAGAUCCUGGGGAAGAGAGAGGAUGGAGCACAGAGUUCCUAUGUCCGAAUGGGAUCCUUCCCCAUGGUGCAGAGGACUGAGGAUGUGUUUCCCCAAGGUCUUCCUGAUGAGUACGCCUUUGUCACGACCUUCCGGUUCAGGAAAACAUCUCGGAAAGAGGACUGGUACAUCUGGCAGGUCAUCGAUCAGUAUGGCAUCCCUCAGGUCUCCAUCCGGCUGGAUGGUGAGAACAGGGCCGUGGAGUACAACGCCGUGGGGGCCUUCAAGGACGCCGUCAGGGUGGUCUUCCGGGGUCCCCGGGUCAAUGACCUCUUUGACCGGGACUGGCACAAGAUGGCUCUGAGCAUCCAGGCCCAGAACGUUUCCCUGUAUAUCGACUGCGAGCUGGUGCAGACGCUGCCCAUCGAGGAGAGAGAGAACAUUGACAUCCAGGGCAAGACGGUCAUUGGCAAACGCCUGUACGACAGUGUGCCCAUCGACUUUGACCUGCAGCGGAUUGUGAUUUACUGCGACUCAAGACAUGCAGAACUAGAGACGUGCUGUGAUAUCCCAUCUGGUCCGUGCCAGGUGACGGUGGUGACUGAGCCUCCGCCUGUGCCCCCACAGCCGCCCACCCCUGGCAGCGAACAAAUUGGAUUCUUAAAGACCAUCAACUGCUCCUGCCCAGCCGGAGAAAAGGGUGAAAAGGGCUUUGUUGGUCCUGUGGGGCUCCCUGGUCCGAAGGGAGACACGGGAGCCACUGGGCUGACAGGAAUGCCUGGACCCAAGGGAGAGAAAGGGGACAUGGGCAGAGGACCCUUUAUACAAGGAGAAAAGGGAGAAAAGGGUUCCCGGGGACUGCCUGGGCCCCCGGGGAGAGACGGCAGUAAAGGAGUGAGAGGGGAGUCGGGAGAGCUGGGCGAGCCGGGGCUGCCUGGAGAAGUGGGCAUGCGGGGGCCCCAAGGACCACCUGGGCUUCCGGGGCCUCCCGGGCACGUCGGAGCUCCGGGCCUCCAGGGAGAACGAGGAGAAAGGGGAACUCGAGGAGAAAAGGGAGAACGAGGCUUGGAUGGAUUCCCCGGGAAGCCUGGGGAGACAGGGGAGCAGGGAAGACCUGGACCUCCGGGUAUGCCAGGGCCUCCAGGAGAGAAGGGUGAAGCUGGACCUACAUGCUCUCCUGGUGUGCCAGGCUCUGUGAUGCAGAGAGAGGGCCCGAAGGGAGAGCAGGGGGCUCCAGGACCAAGAGGUCACCAGGGCCCGCCUGGACCACCAGGGGCACCGGGUCUGCUUGGUCCAGAAGGCAAAGAUGGAGCCCCUGGCUUACAAGGUCUCCGAGGGAAGAAAGGCGACGUGGGACCGCCGGGGACCCCAGGAGCAUCGGGGCUACAGGGUCCCCCUGGACCUCCCGGCAUCCCAGGGCCCCCUGGACCCGGAGGCCCCCCGGGCCUACCUGGAGAAAUCGGCUUCCCGGGCAAGCCUGGGCCUCCUGGGCAGACGGGGUCACCUGGAAGAGAUGGGCCAAAUGGACCGCCAGGCCUGCCAGGAUCCAAGGGAGAGCCGGGAGAAAGAGGCGAAGGCGGCCUUCCAGGGAGGCCUGGGCCCCGGGGUGAAGUUGGGGAGCAAGGCCUGGCAGGCAGACCUGGAGAGAAGGGAGAAGCAGGUCUCCCCGGUGCUCCCGGAUUCCCAGGUGUGCGGGGACAGAAAGGAGACCAGGGAGAAAAAGGUGACCUGGGAAUUCCUGGACUGAAAGGAGACCGAGGUGAAAAGGGUGAAGCUGGCCCAGCAGGUCCUCCCGGGUUGCCUGGAGCAACAUCCCUGUUCACACCACACCCAAGAAUGCCGGGAGAACAAGGGCCCAAAGGAGAGAAGGGCGAUCCUGGUGUGCCCGGGGAAGCGGGACCACAGGGCCGUCCUGGAGACCCGGGGCCUUGGGGACCCAUUGGACCUCCGGGCGCCAAGGGACAAGAUGGCUCCCACGGGGCCCCUGGAGCAGCUGGAAGUCCUGGUGCUCCUGGGCCUGCAGGACCCCCCGGUGUCAGUGGCCCCCCAGGAAGUGCGGGCACUCCGGGAAUCAGAGGCCCGCCGGGGAAAGAUGGCGAGCGGGGUGAGAAGGGAGCAGCAGGCGAAGAAGGGCGCCCAGGGCCAGCGGGGCCUCGGGGUGAUCCCGGGCCACCCGGGAAGGGGAAGGACGGCGAACCGGGGCUGCGAGGCUUCCCCGGCUUACCUGGCCCUCCAGGAACCAAGGGGGACCGAGGAGCACCUGGGAUCCCUGGCUCUCCCGGUAGCCGUGGAGACCCGGGCAUUGGGGUUGCUGGACCUCCUGGCCCAUCAGGACCACCAGGAGACAAAGGCCCCCCGGGAUCCCGAGGCUUACCUGGAUUCCCCGGCCCCCAGGGACCAGCUGGACAGGACGGUGCACCAGGAAAUCCGGGAGAAAGAGGGCCUCCGGGAAAACCAGGUCCUUCUUCAGUGCUGUCUCCAGAGGACAUAAAUCUCUUGGUUAAGGACAUUUGCAAUGACUGCCCUCCUGGUCCUCCAGGCCUUCCUGGUCUGCCAGGCUUUAAAGGGGAUAAAGGUCUCCCGGGAAAGCCAGGGAGAGAAGGCGUAGAAGGGAAAAAGGGAGACGCUGGACCCCAAGGCAUCCCAGGGCCCCCGGGGGUAGCUGGGCCCCAGGGAAGCCAAGGAGAGCGUGGUGCAGAUGGUGAAGUUGGACAGAAAGGUGAUCAGGGUCAUCCUGGAGUUCCAGGCUUCAUGGGGCCCCCUGGGAAUCCUGGGCCACCAGGAGCGGAUGGACUGGCGGGAGCUGCUGGGCCUCCAGGUGUUCCAGGGUUGCAGGGGAAAGAAGGUCCUCCUGGACCCCAAGGCCCUUCGGGAAUUCCUGGAAUCCCAGGAGAAGAAGGCAAACAGGGCCGAGAUGGAAAGCCGGGUCCCCCUGGAGAGCCGGGCAAAGCAGGAGAGCCGGGUCUGCCAGGAGCGGACGGUGCCCGAGGACCACCUGGCUUCAAGGGACAUACGGGCGAUUCUGGUCCCCCUGGUCCCCGGGGAGAGCCUGGGGCCAUGGGCCCCCCUGGCCAGGAAGGGACACCAGGAAAAGAUGGUGAUGCCGGACCUGCAGGGCUACAGGGUCCCCGAGGUCCCAGGGGACCCCCGGGUAACAGUGGAUCACCAGGUUCCCCAGGUGACCCUGGCCGUCCAGGAACUCCAGGCCAAAAAGGAACCAAAGGAGAGAAUGGGAGCCCAGGACUUCCUGGCUUCCAGGGUCCCCGGGGGCCACCGGGAGAAGCAGGAGACAAAGGAGUUCCAGGCAAAGAGGGGGCCCCUGGGAAGCCAGGAGAGCCAGGAGCCAAAGGAGAAAGGGGAGAUCCCGGUACCAAAGGAGACAAAGGAGCCCCUGGUGGGAAGGGACAGCCUGGAGACCCGGGAAUCCCAGGCCACAAAGGCCACACGGGACUGAUGGGUCCCCAAGGGCCACCGGGGGAGAGUGGGCCGGCUGGGCCUCCCGGACCCGCAGGCCAGCCCGGAUUUCCUGGACUGAGGGGUGAGUCUCCAUCCAUGGAAACGCUUCGACGGCUCAUUCAGGAAGAGCUUGGGAAGCAGCUGGAAAGUAAACUUGCCUACCUCCUGGCCCAGAUACCUCCCCAACAGGGGAAGACCUCUCAGGGCAGACCCGGGCCUCCCGGACCUCCUGGAAAAGAUGGGCUUCCUGGCCGGGCCGGGCCCAUGGGGGAGCCAGGCCGGCCAGGCCAGGGCGGCCUGGAAGGACCCUCGGGACCAAUAGGUCCCAAAGGGGAGCGAGGAGCCAAAGGUGACCCCGGUGUCCCUGGAGUUGGCCUCCGAGGCGAGAUGGGGCCCCCUGGUGUCCCAGGUCAACCAGGAGAACCUGGGUAUGCUAAGGACGGACUCCCAGGGAGUCCUGGCCCUCAAGGAGAGACGGGACCAGCUGGGCAUCCUGGGCCCCCGGGCCCGCCUGGGCCCCCUGGCCAGUGUGACCCCUCCCAGUGUGCCUACUUUGCCAGUUUUGCUGCCCGGCCGGGAAAUGUGAAGGGGCACUAGAAGAUUCUGGAAAGAAGAAUGUGGUGGAUUUCCAAAACUUGAACUCAAAGGGAAGCUAGAGGCCUUAAAACAUCCCUUCCUUCCUUCCUUCCUUCCUUCCUUCCUUCCUUCCUUCCUUCCUU